GCUUUGUAUAGUGAACCCGGAAGACAAGGGAGGGGGUGAGGAGAACAAGUUGUUGCACAAUAAUACGAAAAAAAAAAAAAGGAGGGAAGUCAAGAAAAUAUAUGAGACAACAGCUCUGGAGAUGCUGACAGCCUGAGCAGUGACAGGAGGAAGUCGAUAUCAUGCAGGACCAUUAAACUGUUUUCAGAACUGGACAAUAUCUAGCCGGAUUACACUGUUAAAAAUCUCACAGACGGCAGCUGCCACUGCAGGAUCCAUAUGUGUUUACAGAUGUCUACUACUUAUGUGUGUAGUUGAAGAGACGAAGCUACAAACACCCAAAUAUGAAACGUUCAAGAACAAAAAAUGUGGCCAGAAAGAAGACUGCUGAUAAAAACCUGAAUGUCAUUGCUGAAGAUGUCCACACAAAUAGAGAAGUAGAUAUUGUUGGAAUUCCAGAUUCCAGCGUCAUAAAAGCACAUGAUGAUAUUGCAAUGGAUGAGGAGGAGGAGGACGACGUGUCUUUUGAUCCACCUUUACACAGCACAGCUGUUUAUACUGAUGCAGAUGAACCCCUGGAAAAAGACUUACAUGAAGAAAGGCCAAGGGAGGAACAGUCAUUAAGUUCUUCAGUGAGAAAAGGCAAAAGUCGAAGCACUUCAUCCAAGAGCAAAACUGCAGAAUCAUCUGAGGAUCACACAGCACAGGAAAAUACAGUUAUAGAGAAAACAAAAAAAAAGACCCUAAACAAAGCCAAAUCAUUGGUUCAAGCAGCUGAAUCUUCUCACAGAUGUGAGUCUCCAAACAAGAUAUCCGGAAAAGCGACAAGCAAAUUACACACCCCUGGCAAAACAAACAGAAGUAGAAUAAAAAUAUAUGACUUUUUGACCCCAAACAAAAAAAAAAUUGAUACUAAACAUGGCCAAUCUGCAGAAAGGAUAGAUGAAGAGGAGGAGGAAAAUGUAUUGCGUAGACCAAGUCAGGCAAAGAAGCGCAGAAAGAAAAUAAGUGAAGGUGCAAAUAAGGGUGAAGUGGAAGUAGAAGAUAAUUCAGAAACACCUGGUCAAACAAAGAAACGUAGAAGAAAAGUAAAAAAUGCGACUCCAAACAAAGCAAAAUAUCAGGUGCAGACAGAUGUCGUUGAAUGUUCAGCAAGUCAAGAUGAAGCAUCAAAUAGAUCGCAACCCCUUGGUCAAGCAAAGAAACGCAGGAGAAAAAGCAGUGAUGAGGCAGGUUCACCCAAAAGCAAAACCCCGAAAAGAAUGCAGAAUACAUCGUUGACACCAGACUCGAGUGUAUCAGGCCUUACAAAUACUGUACCCAUAAAGGUCUGGCGUUCAAAAGAAAUGCCCAGAUCUUCUAGAGACCUAAAUGAAUUUGAUGUUGUACUUUCUGAAUUUGAAGAAAUUGUUGAAGAAUACAGAGAUGCCAUUGAUUCUUCUGCCUGCAAAAAAGCAGUGGAUAUGUUUUUUAACAGUUUUAAGGAACAGCUUACAGCAUCUAUAGAAGAUUCACAUAAACUGAAAAAUCUGAAGAGACAAAACACAAAGCUACAACUGGAAAUUGGAAAGAUGAGGAAAAAGUUAAUUCAUGUGAGAGAGGAACUGAUUGAGAAUGAGCCAAAGCUGAAAAAAUUGCAAAAAGAAUAUGCAGAACAGGAAGAGCAGAAAUCCUGCCUAAAUAAAGCCCACUCUUUCCUAGACAAUCUCAAAGAGCUGCAAAACAAUUACAUGGCAUUUAAGGCCCAACACCCAGGGACUCGAGAAACUUAUGGAAUGUCGAGCAUCGCUGCUCUGCUGCAACAAUCAGAAACCAUUUUCCGAGCUGAGAGUCAUUUCCAGAAUAUUAAUGCUAAGCUACAGAGUUUCGUUGAUCAGCAGAAGAAAAACGACAUGGUGUCAUCUUAAUGAUUCUCCAUUCCAAUUUUUUUAGCACAUAAAACAUGUUUGGUGUAUUCCGUAGCUACCUUUUUGCAGGAUUUCAUGUUUAUUGGCACAAAUGUGACUGUUGCGAAGACGUUUUCAAUAAGUAACGUUACUGGAAAUCAGUUUUAAGCAUUUUAUACUUAUCACAUAUUUUAUGUGCGCAUCUGUCCCACAUCUCAAUCUAUACGAGUCAUUUUCCGUACACACUCUCACACACUCACACACACACACACACUCACUCACACUUUCAGCUUCGUUUUAUAAAAUGUGCCUGAAGAAAGGACCACAGAGUGCCGAAAGGUUGUUCUGUUACAAUUGUAUAUAGUCAUACGUUUUGUGGCACUUACGGACAUUCUUUCCUCUCCUGCCAUUCAAUAUUAUCGUUCAUUAACAAGGAAGAGAAAAUGUCUUUAUUUUUACAAAAAGAAGCUAGACCAAAUCUGCCCUGUUUAGUUAAAGUGAGAAACAAUAUGGAUGGGACAGGGUGCUUGAAGGUUGCAGUAAGUUCUUUUGUGGCCAGUUUCCACCAGGUACAGCACUAUUACCAAAAAAGUUGGAACACUGUAGGACAAAAUGUAAAUAGGAAGAGAAUGGGAUGAUUUGCAAAUCCUUUAAACCAGGGGUG